AUGUCACUGACACUUGGUCUUAUUAUAAUUCUGUUUAUAUCAGGAUUUUUCCCUGAAUCACAGAGAGCGCUUGCCACGUGCCAAGGAAUAAACAAUUGUUUUGACAAAGUGCUCAAAUCGCAUAAAAAGUUUGUGAAAUCAUUGAAGACUGAAAAGCUAAGAUUUGGAAAAUAUUGGCGCCACCCAAAAAAUAAAGUUCAGCGUCAAUCUGGCUAUGCAAAUUAUGAUGAUGACUACCACUCUAUAUCCGAGUCAUUCUUUUAUAAAGAU